AUGGCACGACGUCGGCAGUCUCUCGUUGAUGUGGACAAUUCAGAUGACCCAUACAUGUCUGAGGAUAUUUACAAAGCCUUCGAGUCGGAUGAGCCUAGAGGCGACUCAGACACCGACGUCUCCAGCGUUGAGGAUGUUGAUCUUGACUGUGACCUCGACGGCGACCUUGGCACCGAUAUUGAUGUCGAGGACCAGAUCCAGCUCUCCGGUGGGAUUGUCCAUCCCCCAGAAUAUUACCAGCGCGGGUUGGAGGAGUUCAUCGAAGGCAAGUUUGACUCUGAAGAUUACAAAGAGGGAACAGAAGUGCCCCUCAACGCCCUAGAGGAGCAGUGGCAUGUGUAUGAGACCUGCGAUCCUUUCUUUGCUCAUCCUGUUGAUUGGUGGUCGCCUCUUGCAGGUUCUAUGCCAUCGUCAAGCGCACCCAAGAAAGUUCGGAGGCUCGUCGAAGGAGUUGGACCAGGGAUCAUUCUAUCCCGGAAAAUCUGGUCGGUCAGCCUGUGUGACGAAGUCUCCUUGUCCAAUAUCCUAACCGCUCCGUGGGAAAUGGAGCUACCUGUCGGUGGGAGUUUUGGAAGACGUUAUUGA